GUGUUGCCAAUUUAAGGCGCGCACAGAUGGCCUCACGGACACACGUUCAGCGGGUAAGGAUUUUGUACAAGACGAUUUUGAGGUUACAUCGGGGCUUACCGGCCCAGAUACAGCCCCUGGGCAAUAAUUAUGUGCGCGACGAGUUUAAGAGGCACAAGAAAUGCUCCGAGAGCGAGGCGAUUACCUUCCUCCGCGAGUGGACCGAUUACGCGGCCUCUCUCGCCGAACAGCUGGGCUUAAGGGGCCCUCACACAGGACAGCCGCUGGGUAAGUGUCUGGAGGAGGAGGACCUCGAGUUGCUGCGGGACGAGCAAGUGUGUCAGUUGUACGAAUUGAUGAUCGCGGCCACAGGGAAAACGGGGGGCAAGUCGAAAGAUGAAACAUAAUUAAUGUGUACCUAGAUCUUGAACGGAAGUUGAG